CUCUCCUCCCUGUGCGUGACAAACCAACAGGUUUCUGUUUGGUCAGGACGCGCUUUAUUUUCCUUCUCUGCAUUAGCUCCACUAUUAUUCCCACGGUUUCUCUUCAUCUGUCUACUUUUUGCUGUCUCUGUCCGGCCGCAGGUGCUACGGAGGACUUUGCACUCGCAAUGACCUUAAUGCAGUUUACAACUUGCAUUAAACAACAUUGAACUAGUGGACAACAAGUGGAGGAAUCUUGUUCCUGAAGCAUCAUAUAUUGAAUAUUGGGAAUUGAAGAGAAACACCUGUUGCACCUGCCUACCUGCUGUGGACUUUUUCGGCUUCCUGUCUGAACGUCAUGCAGAUAUCGACAAUGAAAGCUUGAUAACAAGAGUUGAACUUUUUACCGCUCAGAAAGGAAGGUUUGAUUUUUGGACUGACUAUGGAGUUGACGGGGCAAAGGGCAAAGUGUCUGCCGCUGCUCUUACUAGUUGCUGUGUGUGUGCAGGGUGGCUUUGUGGAGCCUCCCCAGGCCGUCACCUCCUUGCGCUCCUUCGCAGAGAGCCAGACCAGGCUCCCCUGUCACUACCAGGUGGACGAGGGGGAGAAGGUGGUGCAGGUCACCUGGUACAAGGAGCUCCCAGACGGCAGCACAGACCAGAUCAUCACGGCCCACUUCACGGACGGCCACACAGAGUUUGGGCGUUACUCCGGCCGGGUGAGAUUCGAGAGCGGGAGCCCCACGGUGAACUCGGCUCUUCUCAUCCCGAGCACAGAGGAGUCGGACGAGGGCAGCUACGUCUGCCGCAUCUCCACCUUCCCCAACGGGAACUUUGAGAGGCACAUCACACUCACCGUUUGGAUUCUACCCAUCUCCUCCCUGGAGCCGGAGAUCCUGACAGAGGGCAAGCCGUUCGGGGUGGUCGCCUCCUGUCGAGCCGUGGGCCGCCCGUCUCCUCGUCUCUCCUGGGACACCGACCUGCCAGGCCGCUCCCAAAACCGCAGCAAAGAGGGCGGGGCCGUGUCCAGCUUUUACUCCCUGCACCCCCUGCGCAGCAUGAAUGGGAAGAAGCUGGACUGUCUGGUGUGGCAUCCCGGCCUGGAGCAGCCGCGCAGGAUCUCUCACCGCCUGCUGGUGCAGUACCCCCCAGAUGCCACCAUCUCCUCUGGGACAGUGGACUGGUUUGUGGGUUUGGAGAAAGCUGAGCUGGUGUGCAGCAGCGGAGGAUACCCCAAACCUCAGAACUUCACCUGGACCUGGAAGGGAGGACCUUUGCCAGAUGGGGUGUCUGUGGUUGGAGAAAGACUUGUUUUUGGGCGGGGCCUCCGCAUGGAUGACAGCGGGCUCUAUGAGUGUGUGGUCAAGAACGCCGUGGGAGUGGCAAAAGCAGAAUUUAUGUUGACAUUAACAGAGACAUCCCAACGCAAGGGCGAGUUCCCCAUGGGCAACAUGAUGCUCAUCAUUAUCGGGGCUUCAGCCGGAGCUUUGGUCCUGGUCCUGGUCCUGGUGGUCCUGCUGGUCAACCGCUACCAUCGACACAGAAACAAAAAGCUUGAGAGGGAGCUCAGCGAGAAAACGGAGGAAAUUCAAAGCUUCUCCCGACAAGCCUCCUUUAGGAGACUGAACUCUGUCAGCACAGACCCCAGAGUGCAGCCUGAAGAUUACGCUCUGCUCAGAGUAGACAGCCGAAUGAAAAACAGCCAGUUAUCUCUGGAACGAACCAUGUACAGAGGCAGCCAGUCCACUCUGGGUGGGAAGUGGGGGUCUGCAGGAGGAGUGGAGGUGGACGAACUGGGACGUCCCGUUAUCUGGCCCGAUGGCAGAGAGAGCCUGAGAGGAGCAGAGAUGGACGGAGAGAAAGAGGAGCAAAGGAGGAGGGUGGAGUCCUACCUGAAGAACAGUAACAUGUCACUGGCCCAGCAGGAUGAAGGCGGCGUGGGGCCCAGAGAGCCAGACCUGAGCCACGUAAGAGAGGGAGACUCCCCGCGUGGAGAGGACUGGCCUCCGCCUCCCACCCAGGCGGUAGCCGAGGGACACGAGGAUGACGAUGAAAGCAGUUCCUACCAGCUGUCAGAGGCCCUCACACAUCACUUCUACUACAGUAACGGCAUCCUCCGGCCCAGGCCACACUCCAACGCCAUUCUGCUGCACCCCAGAGGACAGAUCGUCUAGAACGCAGACUCUCAUCCAAAACAUGACAGGAGAGAAAGUCUGCCUGCAUUCCUACAGUGAAAAUAACCUUAUUCCUUAUUAAUGGGAUGUUAGUUCUGUCCACAUUGACUGCAGUGGGUAAUUAGCCUCAAGAACAAUCCAAACCUUUUUAUUUUUUACCUCUGGCUUGUGAGAUUUUGAUCCCUUACCCUAACCCUAUAAUAACUGGGAAGUUUAUUAAUAGUUUUGGGGCAUUUUAUGCCUUUUAUUAGACAGGAAAGGAGAGAGAUGGUGAAUGUUAUGCAGCAAAGAUCCCCAUCCAGACUCGAGCCAGAGAUGUUGUGGUUCACGGCCACCAGGGCACCCCAUUAUUGGGCCGUUUUUUUGAUAAUGUUUUGGGGCAUUUUAUGCCUUUAUUCGACAGGCAAGAAAACUCGAGGAGCGAGAUGGCGCUGUUCUCCAGCCAGACUCGAUCCUUUAUUAUUUCUCUGAUGGAGAAUUAGGUACACCAGCGAGUUUUUGCCUUUCCACGAUGGCAUGUAAAUGGAAAAUCUUUCUCUCCUUGAACGUGCAAGGAAUAAAGGUUCCUGUUACAUGAUGUUUACUGUGUUAUCUGCAGCGCUAAAAUCUUGCAUCCACUGCUAUGGGGACUUGCGCAUAUUUUAAAUUCACAAAGUAGGAGUCCCAAUGAAUCCUCACUGCCAACUUCAGGUGCCUUUUUUUUUUUUUUUUUUUAACAUCAAAAACAUUCGAGGAAGAACAUAUGGACAAGAACACCAUUUCUAAGCUCCAAAUGCCUGGCCCAGUCAAGAAUAAACUAUACUCAAAGCUUUAAUAUUUUCAGCUUGGAUGCACCUGUGGAGAAGAAGUUAGUGUGAUUUUGUGCAUGUGUAUAUAAUAUGUAAGGAAGAGUCAUAAGGAGAUACUGUAUGUUUUAUGAUCAUGUCGUUAACAGCCACCUGCAACUACACAAAGGCUGAGGUCCUGGAACACAGACAAAGUAAAAUGGUGGAUGUUCAUGGAUACACGCAGCAAACUGGUUUCCAUGACCAGGUUUAAACCAUACCAGUGCACAGCAAUGAACAGACUGGAUGAAACGUGCAGCAGAUGAACUGUAAAGCAAUGUUCUGUAUCAAAGCACUGUCAGUUGUGUAUAUGUCGUUGUGUGAAUUGUUUUUAUAUUCUUUUAGUGUUUUUCUAUGAAACUGAAAAGCUGACAUGUAAAAUGUUAAAAUGUUUAUUCACAAAAGUA